AGUGCCUGUAGACUGUAGAGUGUAGAGGGUAGUGUAGUAACUACCACACCACAGAUAUAGAUCAUAUUAAAUACUAUUUUUUUAAGUUUAAUUUAAUUUACGUAAAAUGUCUCUUAAACUUUAUCAUUAUCCAUUAAGUGCUCCUUCUCGAGCAGCACUUUUAGCAAUUAAAAACAUCGGUAUACCAGUUGAAGUAAUAGUUAUUGAUUUGAUGAAAAAAGAGCAAUUAAGUGAAAGUUUUACUAAAAUUAAUCCUCAACAUUGCGUGCCUACAAUUGUUGACGAAGAUGGUUUCGUGCUAUGGGAAAGUAAAGCUAUUGCCUGCUAUUUAGUUGAAAAAUAUGAAAAGUAUGAAUUGUACCCAAAAGACCUAAAACGCCGGGCGAUCGUCAACCAAAGGCUUUAUUAUGAGUGUUCAAUGCUGUAUCCACGUAUGAGAGCUAUAAAUUAUCCAAUACUUUUCCAAGGAGUAAAAGAAAUCAAACAAUCCUUAAAGGACGACCUUAAUUCUCAAAUGGUCUUUUUAGAACAAUAUUUGAGUAAGAGCAAAUGGGUGGCUGGGGACAAUCUAACUAUUGCAGAUACUGCUAUCCUUGCAUCUAUUUCGACUAUGGUGGAGGUAGGUUGGGAUAUGAUGGAAUAUCCUAAUAUUCUUCGGUGGUUAAAAGAUUGCGAGUCAAUCCCAGGGUAUUCUGAAAAUUUGGAAGGUGCUAAGAUGUUUGGAGCUGCUGUUAAGAAAAACUUGAAUCAAUAAUCAAUAUUUAUUUCUUAUUCAUAUGCAUAUAUUUUAUGUUACA